AUGCAGAGUCCGAUCGAGCUGACGUCGUUGACAGCACGUCCGGGUAUUGAGAACAAUGGUCAGCUGGAGUUUAGCGGAUACCAGCAGGAUCCGACCCAGGUUAAUGUGACGAACGAUGGUCACACAGCCGUCUACAGCUUCAAUUUUCCGGAACCGGUUGUUGCACGGGGAGGUCCCCUGCAGGGUAACUAUCAGUUCUCGAGUUUGCAUUUCCACUGGGGAGCAGAGUCGGAUCGAGGAGCGGAGCACGUGGUAGACGGUAAACGGCACACCAUGGAGAUGCACUUGGUGUUUUACAACCAGAUCUACGGAUCGUUUGACAACGCCAAGACUCAGUGCAACGGUUUAGCCGUUUUGGGUGUUUUCUUCCAAAACAGUACCGCCGAACCGGAUUAUCGCUGGAUUCCAGCUUUGUACGAGGUGCAGACCGCUGGGACCAGCUACACCUUGCCGGACCCAACGGCGUUCAACAUUAAGGGGUUGAUCGGAGCGCGAAGAAAGCCGUACUUUAGCUACCAUGGAAGUUUGACUACACCGCCGUACUAUGAAUCGGUUACUUGGCUGGUGAUGAAGAAACCACUGCAGGUGUCCGAGAACCAGAUGAGUGCGUUCCGUUCGCUGAAGGACGAAGAUGGUAAUCCGUUGGUUGACAACUACCGGGAGUUGCAGCCCAUCAACGGGAGAACCAUUCUGCUGUACUCGGAUACUGGAUUUGAUCGGAUCAUGCCAUAA